CUGAAUUGUUCUUCUUCUUGUUCUUGCCCUUCACCUAACAAUCAAACCAACCCAUCAACCACUCCAAUCCAGAUAUAUAUAUAGAUAUACUACUUUUACAGCCUGCGAAUUAUCAACCCAUCCCUGGAUUUAUUGUCAUUUUCAAACAAACAUGUGAAUUUCGAUGUUUAUAUAGACAUAUAUAUAUAUUCAACUAUUGAAGUCAAGGCUCAAUCAUCUCUCGGUUCAUUCGUCAAGUAAAAACCACUACACUUUUCUUGUUCUUGAUUUCUUCACAUCUCGCAUCAACCUUUACUCUCCGCAACUCCAUAUACUUCCAUUAUGGAUCGCGGGCAAUUAACUCUGAUCGGAUCAACUGUAUGUGUCAUGCUAUCUCUGCACUUCUCCAUACAGUUAGUAUCCCAACAUUUCAUGUCCUGGAAGAAGCCCAAGGAACAAAAGGCAAUAAUUAUUAUUGUCCUCAUGGCUCCCUUGUAUGCUAUCGACUCCUAUGUUGGUUUGCUAGACAUACGAGGGAGUGAGACAUUUUUCACUUUCUUGGACUCUAUAAAAGAAUGUUACGAGGCUUUGGUGAUGGCAAAGUUUCUGGCUUUGAUGUAUACAUACUUGAACAUAUCCAUCAGCAAAAAUAUAGUUCCUGAUGAAAUCAAAGGAAGAGAAAUCCAUCACUCAUUUCCAAUGACUCUUUUCCAGCCCCACACUGUCCGUUUGGAUCACAAUAAUUUAAAGCUUCUCAAGUACUGGACAUGGCAAUUUGUUGUGAUUCGCCCUGUUUGCUCCGUCUUGAUGAUAGCAUUUCAACUUCUUGAUAUUUAUCCCAGCUGGCUUAGCUGGACAUUCACCAUCAUCUUGAAUGUUUCAGUUUCACUGGCAUUGUAUUCUCUUGUGGUCUUCUACCAUGUUUUUGCAAAGGAGCUAGCACCACACAAACCUCUGGCCAAGUUUUUGUGCGUCAAAGGGAUUGUCUUCUUCUGUUUCUGGCAGGGAAUUCUGCUUGAUAUUCUUGUAGCGUUGGGGAUAAUUAAAUCGAACCAUUUCUGGCUGGAUGUCGAGCAUCUUCAGGAAGCUCUGCAGAAUGUCUUAGUGAUAGUGGAGAUGGUUUUCUUCUCUUUGCUCAUGCAAUAUGCAUAUUCGGCUGAGCCUUACCGCACUGGAUCUGUUGCAGAAAAGAGUGACAAGAAGAAUGAGUGAUUGAAGGAACUGAGGUCCUGGUGUAUACUACUGCCAGUACAUGUGGCAGCUUCAUGGUGUAUAACCAUCGGUAAUGCUAUGCAUUUCAUCUUUUGUUGUAUUAAUAAUAAUACCACGGAUCUUUUUGGCUUGGAUGUACUCGGAGUUAGUAGAUUGCUGAUCAUAUUACAAGAACUCUAUUUUACAAAAAUCACUGUAGCUCUUCCAGUGGUAAUAAAGGAUAUUUAGUUAGCAAACA